AUGGAAAUGGAGUCAUCAAUUGCUGCUAAUGGAGAUGAAAGGCGAUCAAUAGAAGUGUUUGAACCAGUAGGAAAUGGGGAUGUUGGGAUUUCUUCUAUUAGUUUGAACGACAAUAAUGAUUUGCAAGUACUUGAAAUGCAAGGGGGAGUGUCUAGAAUUCCUACCGGCAAUAAAGAGGCUGUAAAUAAAUGGAUGGCGUUUGAGGCUGAGCCUAGUGAAACUAAAAUCACUUCUGCAAGUGAUGAAUCUAACAUUGUUCAAAGGACUGCAGAAUGGGGACUUACGAUUGGGACAGAUGCUGGAGAUGGUGUCUUUCGUAUGAACUCAAAUUAUUCAUUUGGAGACGGAGAAAGAAGCAAGAACUCCUCAGAGAGAUUUGGGGUUGGAUCUAUGAGGACAUCAGAGGAAUCGAAUAUUGGAUCUGAAUUCCCGAGGGUAUCUCAGGAACUAAAGGAUGCUCUGGCAACAUUGCAACAGACUUUUGUCGUCUCUGAUGCUACCAAACCUGACUACCCCAUUGUGUAUGCCAGCAGUGGCUUCUUCACAAUGACUGGUUAUUCUCCAAAAGAAAUUAUUGGAAAGAACUGCCGGUUCCUGCAGGGCCCUGAAACAGAUCAGAAUGAGGUGGAGAAGAUACGAAAUGCAACAAGAACUGGGAAAAGCUAUUGUGGGAGGCUUCUCAACUACAAGAAGGAUGGUACCCCCUUCUGGAAUUUGCUGACAGUCACUCCGGUCAAAGAUAACAAUGGACGAACCAUAAAAUUUAUUGGAAUGCAGGUUGAGGUCAGCAAAUAUACAGAAGGGGUAAAUGAUAAAGAACUACGACCAAAUGGAUUACCCAAGUCAUUAAUUCGUUAUGAUUCUCGUCAGAAGGACAAGGCUUUAGGAUCCAUCACAGAGGUUGUACAAACUAUUAAGCAUCCACGAUCUCAUAUGAAGUCUCUGAGUCAUGAAACCACUGCCAAGAUUGAAAAUGACAAGUUAAAUCUAGAUUAUAUGCUCCCUGGACCAGCUGAAUUGGAUAAUACAGGUGCACCUGGACGGAAAACCUCUCAACUGGAUUCAAGAAAUGACUUACCUAUUAAGAGUACUAGUCGGUAUACUAGCAGCAGGUCUAGCAAAUCUGGCCGCAAUUCUUUGACUAGGUUCAAAGGGAGGUCUGCAAGUAUGCAAGAAAAUGAACUAAGAAUCGAGCCAGAGAUUUUGAUGACGAAAGAGGUAGAACGAACAGACAGUUGGGACCGUGCUGAAAGAGAAACGGAUAUACGUCAAGGCAUUGACCUGGCAACAACACUUGAACGCAUUGAAAAGAAUUUUGUGAUAUCAGACCCUAGACUUCCUGAUAACCCAAUUAUAUUUGCAUCUGAUAGCUUUCUUGAAUUGACGGAAUAUACGCGUGAAGAAAUUUUGGGAAGGAACUGCAGGUUUCUUCAGGGACCUGAAACUGAUCAAGCAACUGUUUCAAAGAUUAGAGAUGCCAUCAGAGAGCAAAGAGAAAUUACUGUUCAGUUAAUUAAUUACACUAAGAGUGGCAAGAAAUUCUGGAACUUAUUUCAUUUGCAACCUAUGCGUGAUCAGAAGGGGGAACUCCAAUACUUUAUUGGUGUCCAACUAGAUGGAAGUGAUCAUGUGGAACCACUGAGAAACCGUCUCUCUAAGAACGCAGAGCAAAAGAGCGCUAAGCUGGUCAAAGCUACAGCAGAAAAUGUUGAUGAGGCUGUUCGAGAACUUCCUGAUGCCAACCUGACACCAGAAGACUUGUGGGCUUUGCACUCUCAACCUGUAUUCCCAAGGCCUCACAAACGAGAUAGUACUUCUUGGGCAGCAAUAAGAAAGUGUUCAUUUGGUGGAAUUAAGAGGUACUGGUCUGUUGUUUGCUAUGAAGGCAAUGGAUAA